AUGAGACUUAUCAAUUCUACUGACUUCGAGCCCGCCGAGUUCUUUGGGGAUGAGAUUCCGCCCUAUGCUAUCUUGUCACAUACAUGGGGCUAUGGCGAGGUUGAGCUCCGUGACGUGUUAGCAGGAUCCUUCCACGACCGUGAGGGCUUUGCGAAACUGCAAGGCUGCUGCGCUCAAGCAGCCAAUGAUGGCCUCGCCUGGGUCUGGAUUGAUACGUGCUGCAUUGAUAAAUCAUCGAGCGCCGAGCUGUCAGAAGCCAUCAACUCGAUGUACACGUGGUACCGGAACGCAGAGGUCUGCUAUGUGUACCUAUUUGACGUUCCAGCUCUGGAUCCUUUCUUGGACAAACACAAAUUUCAGAAAGCUCGGUGGUUUACCAGAGGCUGGUGCCUCCAAGAGUUGAUUGCUCCUCGGGAAGUCGAGUUCUAUGCAGAGGAUUGGUCUGAAUUGGGAACGAAGUGGACUCUACAAGCGACAAUAUCCGAAAUCACUUCAAUCCCAGCCUCGGUCCUCCUGCACCAGAAACAACCAGCGCAGUUUCCUGUUGCUCAGAGAAUGUCAUGGGCAUCCAUGCGCUCUACAAAGCGAGAGGAAGAUAUGGCAUACUGUCUCUUGGGUAUAUUUGAUAUAAACAUGCCUUUACUAUAUGGGGAGGGUAAAAAAGCCUUCAUUCGACUCCAGCAGGAGAUUUUGAAACGGGAAGUAGACUACAGCAUCUUUCUUUGGCGGUCAACUGCUAUUCAUGAUGCCACGGGUCUUCUUUGUGAUACACCGCACUGCUUUCCAGUCGAGGGUGUGCCUAUUAUCUCUGGGGGAUCAUGUAAAUAUUCCGAAAUCUCUGCAUCCGAUCUUCCCCUCAAGUCAGGGUCGGAGCGUAUUAAUCUGCCAGAAGUCACGCCGCGAGGUCUUGAGAUGACUCUAUAUACAAGGGCAUACCAAGCAAACACCCUACUGGCUUGGAUCUAUCUAACCUACAAAGGAGAUUUAAUUUUCCUCGUCCUAAACAGAAAGAGCCUCGAUCACAAGCACUAUCGAACUCGCGUCGGCUACAUCGAGGUUAUGAGAAUGGGCCGAGAUCCAACGGGCUACAUCACAAGUCUAAGCGACUACGAACAUGUCACCACCGCGAUAUUCACGGAGCUUGUCAUUCCUCAAAUUGAAGUCCGAACACUAGACUUCAAGGUUUGGCUUCAAUCCAAGACCACUGAAGAGCUGGAUAUUGCUGAAGUAUACCCCCCUGGAUAUGACUUGGAUUUUCGCGACGGUGUAUUUAGUACUGAGCUAAACCCUGUCGACUGUCCUGAUAUCUUCUUCCUUUUGGUUUCCGUUAAGGGUACCCCGGAAAAGUUCAUUGUCGCAUUCAACCUUUUUCACACUACUUGGGCUUAUAAGAUCCGCAAACACACGUCAGAUGCGACUCUAGAGUCAGCAGCAAAGGAAAGCUGGGCUGGAGCUGUUGAGGAUGACACAGAUAGAGCCAUAUCUCGCCUCUCAAGCGGUAGCUAUAUCAUAGUUUCGGCAAAGACAAGAGCACGCUCUAGUCGAGCGUAUUUAUACAUAACGCUCAUCCCUGCAGCAUUUGCGACAGACAUCUCACUUCCAAGGACAAUCGUCCCCCGAAUCCAGCAACCCAACUAG